AUGCCAGUUUCCUUGUUUGGGUAGUGUUGUUACAGCGUCGUCAUCACUCGUCACUGGAAGCCUGUCAAUCUUUGUCCUGCUGGAUCUGUGGAAAUGGCUGAUCGUGGUAGCAGCCUCCAAGCGCGACUCAGACGACUUCAGUCACUUCCAGGAAACAAGGAGUGCGCUGAUUGUGGGUGUAAGAAUCCUCAAUGGAGCUCUGUUACCUACGGAAUAUUUCUUUGCUUGGAAUGCUCUGGAGUUCAUCGUAGUCUGGGGGUGCACGUCAGUUUCGUGAGGUCUGUUGGCAUGGAUUCUUGGAGUUCAGAACAAUUAACGCGAAUGGAGAAUGGUGGGAAUUCAGCAUGGAACGAGUUUCAGGAUCGAUACCAGGGCCAACAAGGAGUGACUGAUCAAGCCAUAAGAUAUACAUCUCAAGCAGCUGAGCUGUACAGAGAGAAGAUUGAUGCGUUGGCUGCUGGACGCCAGUGGGUGGCACCCCCACCUCAACCGCGCCAGCAGAGCGUAAGUGACCUAAAGGGACAUGCAAUAGAACAGAAGUGUCGUUCUGAAGGCAGCGGCUGACCCUUGUGUUUCUGCAGGCUCCUAAAACGAAUUUUGUGAAGGAUGGGAGUACUUCAAAAAUUGACCACUGGGACGACUGGGGUGAAGGCUGGACGACAGUGCGUGUCUAGGAUUGAGAAGUUACCAGAUAUUUUCCCUACGCUAUUCGCAUUCGUGCAUU